CCGGAAGUAGUAGUGCAUGUUUACAUAGUCAGCUGACUUCAGUUCACCUGAUAGUGAUUAGCAAAAGAAAAAUGCAGUUUUGCACAUCUUAUUGCUAAAUGAUUUAAGUAUAUGCUACGUUUAUGGGUUUAUUCUGCUAGCAGCUCUUUCGCUUUAACAAUUAGCUGCCAGUUAGCUUAGCAUUGAGCAGCUGUUUAGUAAACUAGCUGUGAAAGCUCAGGAAACCUUUUGACUCAUCUUUUAAAAUAAACCUUUACAAAUGGACAAGAUAGCUCAAGAUGUGGGUGAUAUCCAGUCUCGGCUGUUAGACCACAGACCUGUCAUCAAUGCAGAAAUCCGCUACUUUGUGAGAGAGUUUGAGGAAAAACGUGGACACAGAGAGAGCAGACUUCUAGAGAACCUCAAUAAAAUGGUCACCGAAAAUAAUGACCAAAUGAUGCCCACUAAUUUAGAGACCAUCAACCAGCAGCUGUCUGAUAUCACCAAGCGAUUAGAGGCUGCUAAUCACAUGGCAGAAAGAGUCCAGCAGAGGGCGCUAGAGGCACAGCAGAGCAACCAGCUGCAGGUGAACAUGGAGCAUUUGAAAGAAGAGUGGGCAGAGUUUCUGAAGGAGCAGCAGAAAUUAAAAGAGGAGGUGGACGAGGAGCACGCUAAGGCUGUGGGACAACUCAGCAUUCAGUACAGCGAAAUGAAGAAGGAGUUAACCAAGUUACCAUCCAUUUAAUCAGUCGUUUGUAAUGGUGUGAGUGAAAACACUCUGUGUGUGUUUAUCAUGAACUGUUCAGCACAUGCAAAGCAAAGUUACUGGCUUUGAUGUAUAUACCUGCUAGUUAGCAUAAAGAGGUUUUGCUGCAGCGCAACAGCCAACAUUUUCCAAAUCAUAAAUCUGAAAGUGCGAUAAACAAUGUGACAUUUUCACAGGCCAUCAAACUCACAAUGUUCUGUCUUUUAGCACAUGGAAUUUUCACAACACCUAAAAGGUCUGGAAUACGUCAUUUUUCUUCAACAAGCAAGCAUUUGAUUGUUCCAUGGCUGUGAAGUUUUCAACAUUUAAAGAAUUUUAAUGGAUGACUGCCUGAGGGGAGCAGAUGAUAAAUUUGCCCCAAGUUGAAAGAAACCUGGAUCUUAAAAUGUUGGAAAAGUCCGUCUGAGCAGGUGUGUUUAAAGCACAGGUCAAGUGUUUGUAGAAACGAGCAGAAACAGAACUGUUUCCAGAGAACAUCAUCCCUCACCUGCUCACAUAUGUUUGGAACAUUUGACCUGUGACAAUAAUUCAUGUAAGCCAACUGCCUAUGAAGUCCCUUUGAUAAUAAAAUACCUUCGCUUGGGCCAAAUUUGAA